UUUUUUUUUUGAGAAACACAAUAUAGACGCAAACGCUCACAACCUCACUAUCAAUAGGAACCACGCCUCCCACUGAAGACUAUCCCACCUUUAUGAGACACCAGUGUAUCAAGCCUAGGAUUUGGUCCCUGGUGGAUUGGGGGUACCACUAGCAUCCUAAUCAUCCAAUCACAGGUUGGUGCUUGCUGCGUAACUCAAUUCCGCAAUGUGCAACUUGGUUGGCUUAGGAGAAAAAAAUAGCAGGUCCACAAAAAUACCAUACUUGCAGCGUCUCCUUGAAAUGUUUACCAUGUGUUCGGUUUGGUACGAUGAUUCUUGCAGAUCAUGGACAUUCAACCUUGUGUACUACCAGAAUGCGUUUGGUUUCGUGUGAUGAGUCCAGAAUGAAGAGUUUACACACUGUAGGUCCUUUUAUUUGACCAUGUGGUGAAGAGGUCCUUUGGUUUCUUCUUGUUCUUUGAGCUCAACCAAACCAGAGUCGCCGUCCGCAGAGUUUAACCCCAACCAACCAACCAACCAAAGCACGCACGCUAAACCCCCCCUCCUCGUCGCUAGCGCCUCCAUGGACGCCGGCGGCGAGCUCAAUGCGGCCGUCGCGGAGCCGAUCGGGGCCGUCCAGUACGCCCCCUCCCCCGGCGCCACCUUCGACGACGACUGCGACGACCUCUACGGCGACGUCAACCUCAGCUUCCUCCCCCUCCCGCCGCUCUCCCCUUCCCCUUCCUCCCCUCCCAAGACCCCCUCCCCCGGCCUCUCCAUCCCGUCCCCGUCCCCGUCUCCACCGCCGCGCCGCAAUCCGUCCCCCAACCCGCAGCCCGAGCCCGUGCCCGAGCCCCCAAAAGACCCCACCCCGCAGCACCAGCCGCCGCUUCCUCUGCAAAAACCGCCCAGCCCGCGACAGCCAAAAGCACCCACCUUCCGGCACCAGCCGCCGCGGUGCGCGUCGGGGGGCUCUACGUCGUCGUCGCCGCCCACCACGGCGCUCUACAUCGGCGACCUACCCUGGUGGACGACGGACGCGGAGGUGGAGGCCGCGCUCGCGCCGCACGGCGCGCUCGACGGCCUCUACUUCUACGCCGACAAGUGCUCUGGCAGGUCGCGCGGUUCCUGCCGCGCCGACUUCCUCCACCCGGCCGCGGCCGCCUCGGCGGCGGCCGCGCUCCACGGGCGCGUCUUCGACGGGCACCACUGCGUCGCCUCGCUCUCCUGUCCGCCCGAGCUCCGCCGCUUCGGUGCCGACUCCGACGCCUCGGCUCCGGCCCCGGCCCCAGGCCCGAACCCCACCCAAGGCCGCGGCGGGAGCGCGAGCAGCGUGACAGCAGCCCGGGGCAAGGUGGGGUCUUUGGGCGAUGGGUCGGGUGUGGGACCCAUGGCUCCCCGGCCGCGCCAGUUCGCUGCGAUGAUCGGAGGCGGCGGCGGGUUCCCGUCGUCGAUUGGGCAGUACAAUGCGGGGAUGGGUACUGAUGCGAUGCCUCCUGUGGUGCCGCCGCGUGUGAACCCGGCAUACUUGGCAGCCAGCAGAAUGGCAAUGGGUGGCCCUGGCACAGGGAUGUGGCCUAAUCAGGGGAUGGCUGGGGGCUUAUGGGGUGGGCUUCAGCCAUGGAAUUUUGGAGGCUGUGACAUGUCAUGGCAGCAGCAGCACCACCGCCAGGCGCAGCAGCAGUACCGGGGUGGGAACGGGGGCUAUGUGAAACUGCGUGGCAAUGGGCAGGAAAGACCAGGUGGUAGGAAUCAGGACAGGGACAUUGGCAAUGCGAGGGGCAACCCAGAUAGAAGGCAGUAUGGCCGGGGCGGCGGCGAACGGCCCAGGGAGAGGGACCGGCAUCAGGAGUAUGUGCCGGAGAGGGAAAGGGGCCGUGAGAGGAACUGGAAUGACAAGGAUCAGCACGGUGGUGGUGAACAAAAGAGGUACCCGCAGUACACUGAGCACGAUGACUGGGAGCGGCGAGGGCGGCUCAGGUCAAGGAGCCAGUCAAGGGACAGUGAUGAUGAUGAUGAUCAUCCGAGAAGGCGGCGCUGAUUUUGCGCCACCUGCCGGCUAAAUGGCAUACUAUUACCAGCCUUUUGCGCCCCUGUUCGGCCACUUCUGCUCUACCAGGAGUUGCUGCGGACACAAGGCUUACUCAGUAGCGUCAACUUACUACGAAGGAAUUAGUUGAGACAUAGACAUAACCGGACAUAUUAUCUUUUGCACGCCAUUUUUAAAUAUAACUUAUAUGGUACUUAACUCGGGUAACCGUUCGAAGAUAGUGGUCCUACGUUUGGCCUGAAUGAUUCUGUGUUGUGUUUAACUCCAAGAAUAUAUUUGGAAAACUGUUGUUAA